GCCCUGUCUCAUAAGUCCCUGGACUACCGAAAGAAUGGCUGCAAACCACCCAAUCCAUAUUCAUCCAGCACGACCUCUUUAUCGCUUCACGGCCACUGCGUUGGGAGCUAGUAUGUGGUUCUUUCUGAUGUACAGAACUAAGAAGGACGGGCCUGCCUUGUUGGGUUGGAAGCAUCCUUGGGACCAUUGAGUGCAUAUUACACUCGGCUCUAUUAAACCUGACUGGUGUCAAGAGUGGAAGAGUUUUGAUUUCCUUAGAGGGUUCUUCUCUAUACCUCAAGAAAGUUAAAACAGAAAAGACACGCUAUUCAUGUCGUCACUCAAGGAACCAAUGAAAACAAAUCAAACUGUAGUCGCCAUCACGGAUGUUUGAAACAAUUAAACGUACAGAUGGCAGUGGACAAAUUUCUUUGCAUUAGUAUAUAAUAUGGACAUCCAUCUACCCUUGC